AUGGAUGGCGAUGAAAAAGUUCACCGGGAGGUUAUUACAAUGCAAUUCAUUAAAAUAAAGACAAAAAUCCCUGUCCCAUCGAUUAUAACUUGGGGACGCGCAGCUGACAACCCCUUGGGUCUGGGGCCGUAUAUUAUCAUGGAAUUUAUUGACGGCCUGCCUCUGGAUGAGAUUGUGCGUCAGCGGACGGAGGAUUAUGGCUAUACUCUGAGAUCCGACAUGGAGGAUAGGGAACUGGAGACUAUAUUCCGGCAGGUUGCGAACAUUUACCUUGAACUUUCAUCGCAUAAUUUCCCGCACAUUGGCGCCUUAUCAAACCCCUCAGGUACUGAAGUUCAGCCAGGACCCCUGUCGCUGGAAAUAAAUGAAAUCGAAAGCCACGGGGGUAUCAGGGUGGGACAUCUAAGUGUUGCUCUUCGGUUAGAGAGUACUUUCAGGUUGUUGAACAAGAUCUACAACACUUGGUCGCGCAGCCAAAUUCUGUCGACAAUCCGGAGGACGCUCGCAACAAAGUAUAAUUAUGGUCCAUUCAAACUUAUUUGCGACGAUCUGCGAUAUGGAAACAUCCUUGUCAACAAUAAGGAGGAGUUACGGAUUGUUGCCGUUCUUGACUGGGAAUGGGCAUAUGCUGCACCAUAUCAAUGCUAUUUUCGCCUCCAUGUUGGGUACUGCUCAAAAGACCAUCAAAUUAGGACAGUGCAGAUUUUUUCCGAGGAAGAUGACAAAAGAGGAGUGAAAACAUCUAUGGGUGUACUAAUGCAACAGUCUUUGUAUGAUGGGAAGUUCUGGUUCCAUGAGCUAGUCUAUUCCUGCUUUGGCUUCCACGAAGAUGUAGCCUGGUCUUCUCUGAGGGAGACUCUGCCAGAUCUUGAUAAGGUUGCAUCGGUCGAAGACACCAAAAUCCAGUUAUUUGUAGAAGCUAAGAUCAAAGAGCUGCAACAAUGUGAUCUAGAGUGGGCAGCUAUGAAAGAAAGAAUUGACAAAGAGAAUGCUGAGUUUAAGGCCAAGUUACAGAGAAUUAGAGAGGAGACGGGCGAUCUGGAAAUUUCUGAAGUUGUUUGA